AUGUCGCUUUUGGAAGACACGAAAAAAGAUGCCAUUUCUAGCACCCAAUCACCGGUUGAUACAAACAGCGACGAUAACAUAGGAGAAAUAGUUCCACUGCAGAACAAUGCUGGGUUCCACCGUACUUUCACACCCAGACAAAUACACGUCAUCUCUCUUGGAGGCCAAAUUGGAGCUGGUCUUUUCAUUUCGACUGGUGCGAACCUACGGGAUGGUGGCCCUGGUUCCCUUUUCCUCGGCUUCGCAGUUGUAUGCUCGUGCGUAUGGGCAGUCCUGCAGACAGUCAGUGAGAUGACAAUCAGUUUUCCCACUUCCGGUAAUUUCAUCGACUACGCCGAUCGCUUUGUUGAUCCAGCUGUGGCCUUUGCGGCUGGCUUUUCGAUGUGGAUCGGCUGGACAGCUAUCAUCGCUUCCGAGGCGACAUUCUUUUCUGUGAUUGUUAACUACUGGGCGAAAGAGUCUGUUCCCGAAGCAGUCUGGUUGACGGUCUUCCUUAUUGUGAUGUUGAUCAUUUUCAGCUUGCCAAAUGUCGUGUUUGGGUGGUUCGAGUACUUCACCUCCAUAAUGAAAAUUUUGGUUCUGAUUAUAUUCAUCAUCGUCGGUGUCGCACUUGUAUUUGGAGCCGGUCCAAAUGGCACCAUGCACCAUGGCCAAACAUGGCAGAAUGGAGAAGCGUUUUUGAAUGGAUUCAAAGGGUUUGGCAAUAGCAUCCUACUAGCCAUUCUCGCAAUAGGAGAUAAUACGUUUACUGGUUUCCUUGCUGGAGAAUCCAAGAGCCCUCGGUUCUCCGUCGCCCACGCAGUAUCGCUAAUCCCGAUUCGAGUCUCUUUCUGCUAUCUGGCCUCCGUAGUUUUGAUCGGCAUCCUGGUUUCUCCUGACAACACGAACCUGCUAGGAAGCAGUGGCGUGGCUGCAUCGCCAUUUGUCAUUGCCAUCGAGCAGGCUGGCAUCAAAGGCCUUCCAGACUUGCUUAAUGUGAUAAUUCUUUUUGCAGUAGCAGCUAUUGCUGCAGAGAGCUUCUUCAUCGCCUCGCGAAUUCUACAAUCGAUGGCUCAUCAAGGGUUGAUCUGGGCUUCUUUAGCGAAGGUCGACUCACGCGGACGCCCUCGAGUAUCUCUGGCCAUCACAGGUGCUCUUUGCAUUACUCUCACAUAUAUCAACCUGAGUGGAGAAGGUACUACUGUGUUCAACUGGCUGUCCCAAAUCGCUAGCACUGGGUUCUUCAUGGUGUGGGUUGUCAUAUCCAUUACGUCGUUUCGCUUCCGGGCGGCUCUCAAGGCUCAAAACGAUCCACUCUUCGCGCAGACAUACGCUUGGAAAUGCAGCAUGUGGCCUUUUCCUCCCAUUUGGCUUUUGACCUGUUGUUGCUUUUAUAUCGCAUGCUCUCUAUACCUUGCUUUAUACCCCAUUGGCUCAAACACGCCAACCGCAUACUAUUUCUUCCAAUACAUGUUUGGUUUGGUUCUGAUUGUGUUGAGCACCAUUGCCUACAAAGUCAUAUAUCGCACCAAACUCCGAGACCUCCGAACAGUGGAUUUGCAAACAGGAAGGAGGACUCUUGGUACAGAUGAGAUCCUGGAGUUAGAUGACUAUGAGCGGAUGCCUCAAUGGAGGAAGCUUAUGGGUUUUAUACAAUUGUGGUAG